AACUGAAGUAGUACUACCGUGUGUCCUAAUGCAAAGCAGGGAAAUUAGGUCAUACUGUUUGAUGGGGGAGAAAAUGAUAAUGAUUAUUGCAAAAUAUAUCAUGUGACGAUGCAAGACACUAAUUAUUUCAAUGCAUUAAAACUGUAAUUAACAUACAUACAUGCAUUGUACGCAUAAACAGUAAUAGAUUUUUAUUAAUCCCUUGCCCUCUCUUUUUAUGUGUUAUAAUAACCGGACUUUCAGGAUAGGGGACGGGCUUCAUCUGAACAUUCGGUAAACGAAUAUCAUCUCAUAGCGGAAUUCUGUCUCAAUCAUAAUCUUUACUUUUGAUACAUUCCCUAAACAGUGUACGUGUGUGCACGUGACUUUCUGUGAUGCGGGAAGAUAAGGCCGUCGGAUGAUGAGGGAGGGGGAAUGUUUACUGGGAGGACAGAGAGCACGGUUAGACCACUACGCACUGAGGCUGCAGGGGACGGACGACGCCAUCAUGUAAGAAUACCCGGCAUUAUUUGCAUACAGCAAUUCUCGAGUCUGUACUUAAAAAUGAAAUUGCAGGAUACCAGCUCUAUGAAGACUAUACGGAACUGCCGCAUAAACUAUAGGUCAUUGGCUUUCUUGUUGUGCGCCAUUUUAAUCAUUGGACUACUCCUCGUGAGGAAUUUCCAUUUCCGGAAUUCUGGAAGAAAAUGGCGUCCUGUGAAUUUAGUACCAUUGGAGAAAUGUGUCGGCAGCAAAUGUGUCCAAUCCAACGAUACCUCUGCUGGAAUGAAAUACGCUUUGUACUUCCAACCUAGAAAAACAAAAGUCAACAAAUAUGUCUACAGAUUUAUAAAUCAACCAAAGAACACAUGCGACCCUCAUUUUCCACCAGUUUUGAUCAUUCUAGUGCCGUCCUCAAUUUCCCACGUUGAAGAACGUAAAGCGAUCCGUGCCACGUGGGGUAGCGUGUCACAUGGAGAAAAAUGGCCACUUCAAUCCAUCAAAGGGAAAGCGAAAGUUGUUUUCUUGUUGGGAUUCGAUGAAAAUGUGACGAUUCUGCAGACAAUUCAGGAAGAGAUCAGAGAGUUCAACGAUAUAGUGCACUGUGAUUUCCUAGACACGUAUCAAAAUUUGUCGCUUAAAAUUCUGUCCGGAAUUCGAUGGACUUUCUUAAACUGUCCUGAUGUUAAGUUCAUUCUGAAGGCAGACGACGACACGUUUGUACAUCUACCCCUUCUCAUAGCCACACUGGAGGGGUACUAUCAUAAGAUAGACAGGAAUGGAGCUAUAUUUGGAAAUAUAAAUGGAGACGCUAAAGUCAGGCGUAGGGGAAUGUGGAAGGUUAAAGAAACCGAUUACCCGUUUCCACAUUUCCCGCCAUAUGCCUAUGGAAAUACAUACGUCAUUUCCGCUAACAUCGCGGCCCGGAUAUUUAGUACCUCUGAAUACAUGCCUUAUAUCCCUAUAGAGGAUGCUUUUAUAACAGGGAUUCUAGCUAAAGUUAUUGAUGCUCGUCAUGUGUUUGUUCCGGGUUUCACAUUCUGGUUAGACUACAAACCAAAUUAUUGUGAUUUUGUUAAUGAUAAUAGAAUAUCUGCUACUAAAGUCAGCUUCAAUUAUAUGUAUUACCUUUGGGAAAAAUUACAUUCUGAAAGUGUUGACUGUUAAAUAAAUUAACCAUAAUAUU